AUGGCAUCCGUGUCACCCACAAGCACAUCAAAUGGCUAUGCCGCCCACGGGAGCAUGUCACCACGACAGAGCGCCACCCCCAAGAAUGUCGCAUUCGAACUCCUCUUCACAGAAUCGCCCCAAUAUCGUGCGCGCCUCCCCAUGCGUGUGCAAAUAUAUCCUCACGAUACCACAGACUCCAUUGUCACCACCGUGAAGAAUUUUUACGGCUUAUACUCCAGCCCAACAAGUUCCAAGGGUGUUAGCUUUGAGGACGAGCAGGGCAACACCCUUAUUGCAAGAUAUGAGAACUUCCGAAAUAACAUGGUGGUCUAUGUGAGGGUCAUAGAAGAGCCGACACAGAAUCCCGCUGCGUUUGGACCUCAUCCCUAUCCGCCCGCUGCCACGGGUGCCCAGACCUACUACAACAAUGACGGUAUACCUCCCCAAGCUGCCCAGCGGCUUGAGCAAGAUAUUUCGCGGCCCAACUCUAGGACGUCGCGAAGACGAAGUCGUUCUCCUGGCAGUGCACGGGGUCGUCGAAGCGACUCCGCCAGCACGAAUCCUGCCACUGGCAAAACCGGUCGUUCUCGCUCGGGAAAAUCUAGAAACCCCAGCAGCCAGCACGGAGCCGAUGGAUAUGAUAGCCACAAUGGCUAUAGCAGCGGUGACGGUGCUCCCGGCUCAACAUCUGGAAAAGCCAAGGAUCAGAUUGGGAAUACUGAAAUCAGUGUCGAGAACAUUGUGGAAGGUGGCCGUCGUAAGAGGGCCAAGUUUGAAAGCUCGGAACUGCCACUCUUCGCCCCCCCUCAGAUGCCCGCGGCAACUUCCAACCCGUCUAUAUCCCCGGCAAGGAGGAUGGAUCAGCAUCGAUCCUCUCUUUCCUAUGCGCCUGGGGCUCCGAAUCCAUUCACCAACCCUCGACCGCUUCAGUCCCCUCAAAGUUAUUCCAAUGGUUUCGGCCAUGGGCUGUAUACUACACCUGACGGCCAUCGCUCGCGCGGCAGCAUAGGAUAUAGUGCUAAUGGUAUUGGCAUUACCAACGGCAUGGGCGGCAUACUUCCAACACCUGAUCCGACCGUUGGAAGUUGCGUUUCUGAAGAAGACAAGGAUGUGGCCAUACAACUUAUGCGUCUUGGAGAGAUGUCGAAUAUAUCCCACGGUAGGACAUCUGCUUCGACCCUUGACGAUACAUUUAGCGGCCGCGCCGACGUCGCCUCAUCCACGGGAGCCACCAGCGAUGGCGAGAGUGACAGCGAGGACGAUCUGCCGCCGUCGCGCCGACAGAAACUGAACUCUGGUGUCAGCCGACCCGCCUUUGGGCUUCCGGAGCGCGCCUUUCCUCACGGCCCUGAGGCUGUGCAGCCUGCUGCCAGCGAAAUCCAGCCCGGCGAAGUCGCAAUCGGAAACGCCAUGCUUGCUCCUCCUAGGACACAGAACCUUCAGGGCGCAUCGAAGCCAAAGUCCGCUCCGGUCGCCAAAGCCACCAAAACCACCAAGCAGACCAAGGGCGGUAGCCGGACGACUGCCGCUUCCAAGACAAAGAAGGCGUCCGCUCCUUCGACUCUCCCAAUGUCGCCUGCUUCUCUGCCCCCUUCGAGGAAACAAUCCAUCUCCUCGGGCUCCAACAUUCCCCAGCCGUCUAUUGAGGAGGAGCAGCCCGAUCUCUCGACCAAGCCAAGGUGCCAACGCUGUCGCAAGAGCAAGAAGGGAUGCGACCGACAACGCCCUUGUGGCAGAUGCCGCGACGCCGGUCUUUCCGCGGAUCAAUGUAUUAGUGAAGAUGAGGGCAACGGUCGCAAGGGCCGUUACGGACGACACAUGGGUGUCCCCAUCAAGAAGGAAGAUAUGCCGGCUCCCCCGCAACCAAGCCUGCUCCCUGCUGCACCUAUAAUGGCUUCUACUGCUCCUGCGACGGCUGCUGCGCUUGACAAAUCCAAGAAGCGCAAGCGGUAG